UCUGUUCUUUAUGUAUCAAGGGACAGCAUCGCCUGCUACACAAUAGGGAUUAUUUACUAAAGUGGCAUUUAUGGAGAACUGGCAAGAGGUUUUGAAACGUCAUUCUAAAAUAGCAGAGUUAGAUCAGAUAAAAAAAAAAGAUCAACCUGCUGUAUUCUCUAAGUAUUUUAAAAUACCAUUUUUACAAUGUUUGGCAGAAUGUUUACACGUAUCCAGGAAGUAGUGAAUAACAUAAGAUUCUAUUCUUCCUUUACAUGUGAUCUUUGUAAAACCGCCCCCUGUGGGUGGCUGAUUUCUCGGUGUCAUUUAAAUACAGCCAGAACAUGUUGUAACAGGAACAGAUCAGCUGGCAGUAGCAAAUCCACUUUGCAGUCUUACUAUCAGAUUGACAAUAUGGCCAAUUCCGUAAAAACCUUUGUGUUUUUGGACUUGGAAGCAACAGGCCUUAAUAAUGAGAAUCCAAAAAUAACGGAGAUCUGUUUAGUAGCUAUCCAUGUCUCCUCCUUGGAGAACUCGGUUACCAAUAGUUCUGGACAUCCACAGCUUCCUCGCAUCCUGGACAAGCUGAGUCUUUGUGUUGACCCAGGGAAGCCCAUCAAUGGUAUUGCUUCCCAAAUAACAGGUCUCAGUAACACAAAUCUUGGAAACAAUGAGAAGCAACACUUCAACUCUUGCCUCUUUAACAUCGUAAGUGAAUUCUUAAUUCGCCAAGCUCAACCUGUAUGUCUUGUAGCUCACAAUGGCUUUAACUACGACUAUCCCCUCCUGAAGAGUGAACUGCAACAACAAAAUAUAGAUCUUCCCAGUUCUUUGCUGUGCAUGGACUCUCUCAAAGUGUUCCAAAACCUGGACAAUCAAGGGAGUAACGUGGAAAGAAAAAGCUACGCUCUUCCAAAAAUCUACGAACGUUUUUUCGGAGAGGAACCUGUAAAUUCUCAUUAUGCAGAAGGAGAUGUAUUGACUCUCAUUAUGGUCUUCCUGUCAAAAACAAAUCAAAUACUGGAGACUGUCUCCACCCAAUUUAAGAAUUGGGGAGAAAUAAAGUCGAUGUAUUGACAA